ACGCCGCCACCCUGGAGCCUCCUUUGCUGUCUAGCCAUGGUCAACCCCACCGUGUUCUUCGACAUCGCUGUCAACGGCGAGCCCUUGGGCCGCAUCUCUUUUGAGCUGUUUGCUGACAAAGUUCCGAAGACAGCAGAAAACUUUCGUGCUCUGAGCACUGGAGAGAAAGGAUUUGGUUAUAAAGGUUCCUGCUUUCACAGAAUAAUUCCAGGAUUUUUGUGCCAGGGUGGUGACUUCACACGCCAUAAUGGUACUGGUGGCAAGUCCAUCUAUGGCGAGAAAUUUGAUGAUGAGAAUUACAUUCUGAAGCAUACAGGUCCUGGCAUCUUGUCCAUGGCAAAUGCUGGCCCCAACACAAACGGUUCCCAGCUUUUCAUCUGCACUGCCAAGACUGAGUGGUUGGAUGGCAAGCAUGUGGUCUUUGGCAAAGUGAAAGAGGGCAUGCAUAUUGCGGCAGCCAUGGAGCGCUUUGGGUCCAGGAACGGCAAGACCAGCAAGAAGAUCACCAUUGCUGACUGUGGACAGAUCUAA